UGGCUGAGUCUGUGCCCAGGGCCAGGCCCUGUCACCCUGUCUGAAGACAGAUGGGUCAGAUAAGAGGGCCAGAACAGGCAGGCUGCAGCUUUCUUCCCGGAGAGCCAACUCUUGGGGAAGGCCAGAAGGUUCAAAAGGGAAAUUUGCAACCUGCUGGGGAUAUUCCUGUGGGCUCCUCUGCAUGCAGUGGGUGGUGUGGGGAAGAGCAAAGGGAAGCUAGCUGCAGGGAACAAGGGGGGGGGCUGGUGGUUUUGGGAGUUGGGGAGUAUUUUGAUUGGUGGAGAUGGUGUAAUGGGAGUAAACAAAGUAAGAUGAUGAUAAUUGUACAUUACCUAAGGGGAUGGGGGAGCAGAGGGACAGAUGUGUGAAACUGGAACCAGGCGGUUGAUGCAGCUGCCAGGGAGAGAGCCCCCUGCUGGGCUUAAGAUGGGAGAGCAGUUGGGCCCAAGCUGUGCAGAUGGGGGCAGAGUGCGGGGCUUCCUGUUCGGAAGUGGGAGCACUGGCUGAGGACUCGGCCGUCGCUGGGAGCCUGAGCAGACCCUCCCUGGGGCUCAGUUGCUGACCCAGGAGCCAGUGACCUUCGAGGAUGUGGCCGUGCACUUCACCCAGAAGCAGGGGGCCAGGCUGGACCCUGCACAGAGGGCCCUGUACAAGGAGGUGAUGCUGGAGAACUACGCACAUGUCGCUUCCCUGGCUCGAGAGAGGGGAAGCACCAUGGGGCCCAGAUCCCUGGGACACCAAGGUUUGGAGAGGCACCCGUCCAGAGGCUGAGUCCUGCAUUAAGAGUGAAGAGCCAGUUGUAAAGCAGGAGGCCCCCGAAGGCACAGAGUUCCAUGGCAUGCCAGCAGGCACUCUCCUCAGAAACGUCUCUGAGCCCGCUGACUUUGACAGCAAGGCGGUAAGGCAGACCUACAGUCUGAAUCCGAAUCUGAUCCUUCGAGGUGGAAUGAAGUUCUACGAAUGUAAAGAAUGUGGGAAACUCUUCAGAUACAACUCGAAGCUUAUUCGGCAUCAGAUGAGUCAUACUGGGGAAAAGCCCUUUAAGUGUAAGGAAUGUGGCAAAGCUUUCAAGUCCAGCUAUGACUGUAUUGUCCACGAGAAAAACCACAUCGGAAAAGGGCCCUACGAAUGUAAGGAGUGUGGCAAAGGUUUGAGCUCUAACACCGCCUUGACUCAGCAUCAGAGGAUCCACACUGGAGAGAAACCCUACGAUUGUAAGGAGUGCGGGAAGGCCUUCCGUAGGAGUGCGGCCUACCUUCAGCAUCGGAGAUUACACACGGGGGAGAAACUCUAUAAAUGUAAGGAAUGUUGGAAAGCUUUUGGUUGUAGGUCCCUUUAUAUUGUCCAUCAGAGAAUUCAUACUGGGGAGAAGCCCUACCAAUGUAAGGAGUGUGGCAAAGCCUUCACCCAGAAAAUAGCUUCCAUUCAGCAUCAGAGAGUUCAUACUGGGGAGAAGCCUUAUGAAUGCAAGGUGUGUGGGAAAGCCUUCAAGUGGUAUGGAAGUUUUGUUCAGCAUCAGAAAUUGCACCCUGUGGAAAAGAAGCCCAUCAAGGCUCUUGGGCCAUCCCUGGUCGGUCCCCCGUGCCUACCUCCAGCCUUAUGUCCCGUCCCCCUGCAGUGGUCAUGCUCCACUCCAGCUGUGGCCGUGCCUUCACUGACCUUCCCACAGACUCUGCUGAUUCCUGCCUCUGGGCCUCUGUUCAUGCUGCUGCCCGCAUCUGGAAUACCUUCUUCACCGGCCCCAGGAGUACACGUCUUCCAGGGUUCUCCUUCCACUGUGAAGUCUUCUCCAGUUAUGCUGAAUGCGCCACACCACUCAUGAGCCUUACCUUGGCACUUCUGUAUCUCUUAUGCCCAGCAGUCUCCCACCUAAUUUUCAUUUGUACUUUUUCCCUUCCCUACAAGUGUUACAGCUGUUUCCAUUGUAAUCUGUACCCAUCUAAAAACUGUUUAUAUAGCCUAUUCUUUUGUCUUCUGGGUAAAAGAUGGAAAUACUUACAUUGGUCCCUUUCAGGCUUGAACAGCAGUGACUGUGUCAACAUUGUGGGGUUGCUUGUGUUCAGAGAUCUGGAAGGACACUUUCUGUGUUAGGGAAGUUUGAGAAUGAGGGAAUGAGGGAAUUCCUGUAUUAAGCCAUCAUGAUUAGAGAGAAGCAAUCUGGGAGAAACAGCAAGAGGUGUGCAAGACCUAUGGAAGUAGGGACCUGGAAUAAGCUUCCAACAAUGGAUUUCAGGAAUUAAUGCAGGUCACUUGGUGGGCCAGUGGUUGGGCGGUGUACUUUUUUGUUGUUUUUGUUUGUUUUGUUUUCUUUUAGGUUUUUGCCAUAGGGCAUGUGCACUCACCAGAUAGAGGAAAAGCAAGAAAUCACCCUCCAGGGGGGAUGGCCACACCA